AGGACUGUGUAAAGAAUAGCGAUAUAGAUGGCACAUGGAAAAAUGCUGGGGGCUAUUAUUGUUGCAGUGUUUUUGAACGCAUAUGUGAUUGUUGCGGAGGAAGAACUUCCUUCUUUCUUGCAUGUAUGUCAUAAGGAGGAUCCUAAUUUGGAACAGUGCCUGCUGGCAUCUGUAGAGGACAUUCGUCCCUUUCUAGUAGAUGGUGUUCCAGACUACAGAAUUCCCAGUUUGGAACCAUUGGUUAUGAAAGAUUUUUUCUCUGAAGAAGCAGCCGGCAUGAAAAUCAUGGUUGAUGAUGUCAAAGCCUGGGGUUGCACAGAUUAUUUUGUCAGAGGAAUAAAUGUUAAUCUAGACACACAUCUCUUCACAUUGUAUAUUGAUAUUCCCAAACUACGCAUUGAAGCUCAUUAUACUGUGGAUGGUAAACUUUUGGUAAUGCCAGUCAAAGGAAAUGGCAACUUAGAAACCAAUAUAACGGAUAUACACGCUACAGCUCAGCUAACUGGGGAAUUGUACCAGAAAGAUGGAGAUGAUUACUUGAGAUUUCCUACUUUUGAUUUGAAGGUGGAUGUGGGAGGUGGUUCUGUUCGUUUAGAGAACUUGUUCAAUGGAGACAAAGUUCUACUUGGAAUGAUCAAUGAUGUCGUCAACAAAAACUUCGACAUGUUUCUCAAGGAAUUGAUGCCAAUCAUCGAGAAAUCACUAGCAUCGGAAUUCAAGAACACUGCGAAUGCCGUUGUAGAAUCUUUCACGUACAAACAACUUUUUCCCCAUUGAAAUGCAGAACAGGUGUAUUGAUUUGAAAUAAAACUUCAGUCAAAUUGACAAAAUUCA